CCCGCCGUCAGGAAGGGCGGGGCGGGGAGACUCGAGGUUGCCUGUCGAGCAGUCGCGCUGCCUGCGGCCCCGGGUUGGGGCAUGGCGAUGGCGCGCCUCCGCUGGGCGCCUCUGGCCCUGCUGCUGCCGCGUCGAGGGGGCCUUGGCGGACGCUGCCGGCGCCGCGGGGCCCGCAGGCCCGCCAGUUCCCGUCGAGCAGCCAGAGGGCGGCGCGGGAACCCCGGCGAGCGGCGCCGCCGCGGAGGGCACCGCGGAGGAUGGCGGCGGCCUUCUCUUGAGCUCGGGCGGCGCGGCUGGAGAGGAGGACGAGGACGAGGAGUGCUGGGACGACGCCGCCUGGAGGGAUUCCGACGGCGACGGCUGCCAGG